CAGCUGAGAGCAGCACAAUAUACUGAGUUGGUACCCUGCACUGACUGACUGAGGCACCCUCCAUCUACACUCUGCAGCCUGCAACAGGUUUAUUAAAAUGUCAACACUGCUUGAGAUAAAAAGCAGUGUUCUCCGACAAGUACAGAAUCGGCAAUCGUUUCGGCGAAGAGCAGAAACCGAAUCAAGCAUGUCGUCCCAAGAGGGAGCCCGGGUGACAAGUACUGACAGGGAGGAUACGGGGGACUUUUUUGAUAGAAUGAAAAGCGUUCUUCAGAAGCAAGAGAGUAUGCAGCGGUAUUGGAGAACAGAGGUUGUUUUAAAUAAUAAUAUCCCACCACCUCCAGAAAAUGUUGGGGAACAUAAGGCAGCAGUGGAGAAACUCAUGCUAACCAAAAGAGAGAUGGAAAUGCUGUAUGAAGAAAUUGUAUAUACUCUAGUAUACAUGGCUGGGGUUGUAUCCUCAGAACAUAUUGCUAGUGAAGAAGAACUCUUUUGUUAUCUGCAGAAGGUAUUUGGGAUGAGUAAAAAUGAUCACGAUUCCAUCCUUCAGCGUGUCAAGGAAUCAAAGGCGCCCGUCUAUGCUUUAAAAGUCACCGUUGUGCAGGCCAGAAACCUACUUGCAAAAGAUGCCAAUGGUUUCAGUGACCCAUAUUGUAUGCUUGGAAUUAUGAUUAUGCAAAGUGCAAAGGAAACAGAAGAAAAGAAAGAGAGGAAAUUUAGCUUCCGAAAGAAGAAAGAUAAGAUGGAAAAACGAUCAAGCGUAAGAGAAUUCCUCCCUGCAAAGUAUAUUCAAGUCACCGAAGUCAAGAGCAACACCUUAAACCCUUUGUGGAAUGAAAAUUUCCAUUUUGAAAUCGAUGAUAUCUACAGUGAUCAGCUUCACCUGGAUAUUUGGGACCACGAUGACGAUGUGUCUGUUGCAGACGCGUGCAAAAAACUGAACGAAGUUAGCGGAUUUAAGGGCAUGGGGAGAUACUUCAAACAAAUCGUAAAAUCGGCCAGAGCAAAUGGGACUGCUGGGUCCGCCGAGGACAAUGCAGAUGAUUUUUUAGGAUGUCUUAAUAUUGCCAUUAAUGAAAUCCCGGUUGGGGGUGCAGAUAAAUGGUUCAAGUUGGAGCCUAGAACAAGUUCCUCGAGGGUUCAAGGGGACUGUCACCUUAUAAUCAAACUAAUUACAAAUCAGAGGGACACAGUCUUAAGCAAGAAAGCAUCUGGUUCUGUGAUUCAUGAAAAUCUGCUCAGCCAGCUGCUUCAGUACGAACACCAGCUAGCAAAGGUUGAAACUUGGAGCUGGAAGGGAGAACUCAGCAAGCAUGCUUUCACUUUAAUGUCCCACCAUAGUAUGCAGACAGAUCUUUCUAACCUACAACAGGCCGCCAUAAAAUGGCAAGCUUUUAGCAAGCACCACCAGGUCCAGCCCAUGGACUACACUUACUUGCUAGGACUCUUGAAGAACAUUGAAGAACUUUGGGACCCUAGCAUGUGUCAAAAAGAACAGGAGCAGAGCCUUGCUGAAAGCUUCACACUUUUCACAGAAUACUGCUUCUUACUCUUAAAAAAACUCAGAGACAACUUCCCAGUUUUGAACACGACGGUCAUUAGCCGCCUGGAAUUCAUGCUACGGUGUCUCAGCCAAAUUCACAACAUGCAGGCAUUUAAAAAGGUCUGUCCUUUCAAUAAUGAGCUGCAUCUGGAAAUUGCUACUGUCUUAAAGAAAGGAACGCUGGAAUGGUAUGAAAAGACUUACGCCUCCUUCAAACCAGUGGAAAAGAAUGAAGUACAAAUGCUGAGGUCCUUGGUGAAGCUUGCAGAUGCUGUUCAUGAGGAUGUGGAGAAAUGUCAGAAUGUUUAUAACAAGCUGUUUGUCAGUAUUGCAAAGGUUGACUUCUUCAGUAUCACCUACCGACAGCUAGAAAAAAUGGUGUCUGAUGAAGUGAGUGUCGUGAUGCAAGAAAUAAAAGCAACGGAACACGAAGGACCUCAUGUGACCCAUGCCAUUGCAGAGAAUUUAUUUGAACUUUAUAUCACAUUAAACGAACUAAGGCGGUUUAGGGAAUUCCUGCCUUUGAAAGACAACAAAUCACUGGCCUUGUCCAAUUUCCAUGAAAUGUUCAAGGUUUCAAUACACACCUGGUUGCAGACUAUCCAUGAGAAAACCCGCGAUCGGAUACAGAAAGCAGUGGAAGAAGACAAGCUCGAAUCAGUAGAUUCCUUAUCUAAGCACAGCAGUUCAGCGGUUGAUGUCACAGUUUGCUUCUCGCAAAUCAAAGAUUUUUGGACACAGCUUGUGUGGCCUGAUCCCACCGAGGCCUUUGGAUUUCUAAGUCAACUUUCAGAUGAUAUGUGCAGAGCUGCAAUAUAUUAUUCAGAAGCGAUUAAGCGCAAAGUCGACAGGAGCCACCACUCCGCUGGACAAACUGUGGUCACUGAACAGCUCUGCAUCAUCCUCAAUAACAUCGAACAUGUGCGUAAGUUUAUGGGCAACAUUCUGAGAGAUCUGGACUUGAAAUCCGUUGAGACACCAAUGGAGGAGCCUUGUGGACCUGACGGGAAACAGCAAGUGCAAAAAGCCUUAAGCACACAGCUUCAAAAUAUUGACAUUGACAUGCAGAGGGAGGCAAAGAACAUGAUCUCACAUCUAACUGAAAAGAUGAUUGGAGAUAUAAAGAAAUAUAUACAGCAUAUAAGUCUGUCUCCAGAUUCUAUCCAAAAUGAUGAGGCGGUGUCUCCACUAAUGAAAUAUCUUGAUGACAAAUUAAUUAUACUGAGUGAAACGUUAGUGAAAGAAAACCUCAACAGGGUCCUUGGAGCACUUUGGUGGCUUCUAUUGAAAUUCAUUAUUGAUGCUGUGGAUUCCAACCGAGGUGUGUCUGUAGAAUUCUACGGAAGGUUUUAUUAUACACUUGAGGCUCUCGUAGACUUUUUCCAUGCAGAAGGACAGGGGUUACCAAUGGACACCUUGCGAAAUGGAGAUUACAGGUUUCUGGAAGAAGAACUUCGUUUAAACAAAUGCUCUACAAGUGAACUGAUUGAAAAAUACUACCUGGAUAAUAUCAAGGAACAGAGAUGCGCUGAGCAGAGUAAAUAUGGAAGAAUAAGUGUUAAAUGCUAUUAUGAAACGUCUGAGCAGAAGUUGUAUGUGGAAGUGUUGCACGCAGCAGACCUUAUUGCUCUCGACACGAAUGGGCUAAGUGACCCGUUUGUUAUCAUUGAGCUCUGUCCUCAUCACGUUUUUCCACUGGUGAAGAGCCAACGGACGCAAGUCAAGGCCAAAACGCUGCACCCAGUGUACGAUGAACUAUUUUAUUUCUCGGUUUCAUCCGAACAGUGCCGGAGAAAAUCUGCUUGCAUCGUGUUUACGGUUAUGGACCAUGACUGGUUGUCAACAAAUGAUUUUGCUGGUGAGGCUGUCUUGCCCAUGAAUGUUAUAUAUGGACUUAACAGACCUCACAUCACCGGAGGCGUGAAAAAUGUGCAGCCAACUGUGCUGAAACUGACCAGACCGAAAGCCAAUGUCAAAUCUAUUCUGAAAAUGCUCGAUGGGAGAAUGGACAAGGAGGCCCAGGAUUUUGUAAAGAAACUUAGGGAAAUGGAGAAAUACAUGGAGGAUGACUGAAGCCCUGCUGGAAAUGGAAAAAUAAAAAUACUGAAUAUUUAACCCCUUGGCUGCCAGAUGGCACAGCACAUUGCUAUGCUGUAGUGUGCUACAGGCUCUUCUGGCGAGGAAGAGACUUGAGCGAAAUAACUUUGUGGGGGGGGGGGGGGGGAUGUUUUCUCUGAGUAUCACUUUAAUUUUGUUAUCUAUUGUUAAGUACAUGGUCUGUUUUUAUGACAACUGAAGUUUUAAAUAUUAAGUGUUAACUGAAUAUUGUAAUAAUCGGUGUAUCAUGGAAGUAUCUUUUCUGUUUCACCGAGUAAAGGAUAUUUAUUGAUUCAAAAGUAAAUUCUAAAGUGAUUCUGCAUUCGCUGUUCUGCAGGGGAAAAAGUUCAAAAAUGGCUUUAAUGCCAUCUUGUGAAGAAUGUAGGAUAAGCUAACAACAAAAAUAUUUUAUUUAUUAAAUUCUUGCUCCAUCUGAUAUUGGCAUACAACUCCCAGUUUGUCAAGCCAUCCAACUUAUUUGGUUACGUCAAACCAGGAAUUGUACAGAAUGAAUGCCAAAAAAGCAAAUAUUAAUGCAAAGAGCCAAGAUGGAUAAGGCUUUGGCCUACAUGCUUGGAAUUUUGAGAAUAUGACGUUUAUGGGACACUAUAGUCACCAAAACAACUCUAGCUUAGUGAAGUAGUUCUGCUGUAUAGAUCAUGUCCCUGCAGUCGCACUGCUCAAUUCUCUGCCAUUUAGUAAUUAAAUGACUUUGUUUAUGCAACCCUAGCCACACCUCCCUGCAUGUGACUUACACAUC